AUGGCUUGCAAAACGGUUUCGCCUCUCCCCCCAACAUCUGCUACUCGAGUUGCUAAUGGCGAGACCCCUCCCAACUGGAUCCCUUGCGCCGAGCAACCUGUCUAUGCGCGACGAAAACUAAGGUUAAUCUGCAUCGGCGCGGGUUACUCGGGUUUGACACUUGCCCACAAGAUAGACCAUGAACUGAAGCUCGGUGACUUUGUGGAAUUGAAAAUCUACGAAAAGAAUCCCGAGGUCGGCGGAACGUGGUUUGAGAAUACCUAUCCCGGUGUCGCUUGUGACAUCCCGGCCCAUGCAUACACAUUUUUAUUCGAGCCUAAUCCAAACUGGUCCCACUUCUAUGCACCCGGUCCCGAGAUUGAGGAGUACAUCAAACGAACGACGAGGAAGUGGAAAUUGGACAAAGACAUCCAGUUUAACGCCCGUGUUACCGAGACUGUGUGGGAUGAUGAGCUGGGAAAGUGGAAAGUGGAGGUAGACCAAGCUGGCACAAUCAUACAUGACGAGGCCGAUAUUCUGGUCAAUGCGUCCGGCUUUUUGAACAAAACUAGCUGGCCUGAUAUCGAGGGCCUAUCGAGUUUCAAGGGCAAGUUGCUUCACACUUCGACCUGGGAUAACACCUACGACUGGUCGAACAAACGUGUUGCAGUUAUCGGUAACGGCUCCUCCGGAAUACAAUGCGUGGCCGCAAUGCAGCCGAAGGUCGCCCAGCUCGUCAACUUUGUACGCACUCCCACCUGGGUCUCUGUCAACUUCUGUGCAGAGAAGACACGAGACGGGGGUAAUUUCUCCUACACAGAAGAGGAGAAAGCACACUUCGCGGAAGAUACCAAGGCUCAUUUUAGGUACCGAAGAGAGUUGGAGGGCAGUGUCAACGCAUUCUUUUAUGGUAUGUAUAGAGAUCACCCGAUGCAAUUGGGGUUGACGCAGGCUUCCCGGGAACAGAUGAAGGAGCGAAUGAAAGGGAUAUCUGAUCCUGAAAUUGUGUCGAAAAUGCUUUCUCAUAAGUUCCGUCCUGGAUGCCGUCGCUUGACACCUGGAGAUGGGUAUCUGGAGGCCUUUUCCAAUGACAAUGCAACUCUCACUUUCGAUCCCAUUGAGCGUAUCACAGAACUUGGUAUCAAAACGCUCACAGGUGAUGAGCAACAAUUCGACGUGAUAGUCUGUGCCACAGGGUUUGACACGUCAUUUAUUCCAUCUUGGAAGAUGAUUGGUCCCCAUGGAGCUACAUUGGAAGAGCGAUGGAAAGUUAACCCUGAGGCAUUCUUUUCCAUCCAAGUGGACACGAUGCCGAACUAUUUCAUCUUCAACGGGCCCAAUUGCCCCGUCUCCCAUGGCUCGCUUCUGACGCAGGUCUCUUGGACAUGCGAUUACAUUCUCCGCUGGGCUAACAAAAUUGCAGCAGAGGAUAUCAAGUCAAUUUAUGUCAAAAAAGAAGCCAUGGAAGACUACAAUGUUUACUGUCAGGAGUUCCUCAAGCGUAUGGUCUGGUCGGAUGAGUGUCCGAGCUGGUACAAGAAUGGGAAAAACUGUCUUGAAAACAUCGGUGGGGAGCACUUCCAUAUCGAGUACCGCUCUAAGAACCGAUUCCGCUUUCUAGGUAACGGUGAAAGUGUGCGUGAUCAGCAUGGAGCAGGUGAUUUGGCGUGGUAUAUGGAUGAUAUGAAAGCCCCCAUGCCGCCACUCUAA